ACAUGUAUACUACAUUGAAACUAGCAAUUAAAAGCUCUCUCUCUCUCUCCUCGCCUUAUAAUUAUUAUUAUAGAAUCAAUAAUUACUAAAAAUGCUCACAAGUAGUACUACUACUAGUACCCCAGACCUUACUCAUAACUCACUCAAAAUUUUCACUCAUCCCAAAGAUCAAUACAAACUACUCUUCUCUAAUUAUAAUAAGCAUCUAAUGAUGAAGAGGGACUUAUCCAUAUCCACUACUACUAAAUCAUCAUCAUCAUCAUCAUCAUCAAUGGAUCAAGAUCAAAACUACCAUGGUGGAUCUUCAGCUUCAAUCCCAUUCAUGUGGGAAUCUCAACCAGGAACACCAAAAGUUAAGCUCAGAGAAAACCCUUUACCUCCUCUUACUCCUCCACCUUCCUAUUGUUACACUACUACAAAAAAAUCUUCAUCAUCAAAUGUUAAAACUAGAAAAAAGACCUCAUCAUCAAAACCAAAUCUUAUACGCACUAUUUUCCCAAAACAUGAUACCUCUACUACUAAAAAUACCACUAGACCACGUAAUAAUAAUAAUAAUAAUAAUAAUAUUUUCCCUUCUUCUCCUAAUAAUUAUUCUCUUUCAUCACCAUCUUCUUCCUCAUCACUCUCCUCUUCUCCAAGGUCAUUCUCCUACUACUCUUCUUCAUCGGUACCGUCUUCUCCGGCUUGUACUAAACACCGCGGUGGUGGACGGCGGUGGAGAAUGAUGUCAUCUAGUCCGAGGCGGCUUUCGGUAGAUUCUAGGGUUAAUAAUUGCCAUGAUCAUGAAGAGAAUUAUGAGGAGUAUGGUGGCCAUGAUCAUGAUGAUGAGUCUUCACCUGUUUCCAUUCUCUGCUUUAAUGGCCGUAGUAGUGGGGCCAAUAAUGUACGGUCCAGAUCAAGUUGUUACUCAUCCUUCAUAAAGGUACUGCUUAAUCACAAAUAAUAAUUGGUUAAUAAUGAUAAUCAUCACUACAGUUUGAUUAAAAAAAAUAGCUAGCUUGAUUCUCUAUAUUAAUUUUGGGGAAUAUUGAGCUAGUACUCUUAUUAUUAAUUAGUUGUAACAUUUUUCGUUUUAUUGUAACCAAUUGGAAAAAAAUAUAUGAUCAAUGAUAUGAUGAUCUCAAUUAGAGCUUAAUUAUAAUGAUACUAUAAUACAAGUUUGGGGAUUAUUAGUGAUUAUGUUAUGUAUACGUAUGAUCAUGCUGUAAUUUUGAAAUUUUUGUUGUCAAUUUUUUUAAUUCAUGAUGAUAUAUGUACGUGACCAUUUUCGGUGAAAUUUUUGAUCGUUACGUCAGAAGAUUAUUGAAAUAAUCAAAUUUUAUCUUUGUGAUCAAGAAAUGUUGCACGGUUCUACAUUGAGAGUGAAAUAAAUAAACAAUAAUUUAUUAGUUUGAUACAUUCAAAUUUAUGAUUACUUUA